AUGCAAUACACAAGAAUUAGCAAGAUGGUUAGAGAAAAAAUAGUGGAAUCACACGAAUUCAAAACGAUGAGAUCAUUAACAUACAACAACCUGGUCAAUGAAAUAUGCAAGCUUCAUUCAAUAGGUGGCAUGAUCAGGAACACUCCACAUAGAUUUAUAUGUCUCAUCCAUAAGCUAGACUCGAUCUCUUUGAUUGAUGAUGUUGUUGCCGAAACCUUGGAAGGCAUGAAGCCUCAGCACACAGGCUCAUCAUUAACAGCUAAUGACUUCAAGGGAAAUGUGUAUCUCGUGGCUGCAUUUUUAUUCUACUUGAGGCUAUCUGUGAACUUUCAUCAAUACAAAGACCUGAUAAAGUAUUUCGAAGCAGACUUCAGGAAAAUCACCGUUGUCAACGAACAAAAUACAAGAUUUUCCAUGUACAUGGAUGUGUUUGUGGAUGAUUUGCUUAACAAGCCCAGGAUUCUUGGCGUCUGCCUCCACAUCUAA